GAAAUGAAAACAAUCAGAGAAACCUGAGAUGCCUUCGGGACGAUAUUUUGAAGACUAGAUCAGCCGAAGUGAACCCUAUGUGCCGGGAAACGCUGGUUUCCGGCUCUGGUGUGACUUGGACGAUGAGCAGCUAUAUGUGUGUGUUUGUGUUGGGUUUGUUUGUCUCGUGUGUGUGCGCAUGCAAACAGGAGCCAGAGACUCCAGACUGGAGGAUGACCCUGAAAACCAUCCGUAACGGGAUACACAAGAUCGACACCUACCUGAAUGCAGCACUGGACCUGUUUGGUGGCGAUGACGGGCUGUGUCAUUACAAGUGUAGUGAUGGUUACAAGCCGGUGACUCGUCCUGGGUACAAGCAUCCGCCACCCAACGGAUGUGGCUCCCCGCUGUUUGGAUUUCAGUUUGACAUCGGCAUCCCAUCGAUGACCAAAUGCUGUAACCAACAUGACCGCUGCUAUGACACCUGCGGCCGUGAAAAGCACGACUGCGAUGAGCAGUUCCAGGACUGCCUGGAGACCAUCUGCAGGAAUGUGCAAAGGACUCUGGGAUUGGCACAGAGUGUCCAAGCUUGUGAGUCAGCAGUGACUCUGCUGUUUGACGCUGUCAUGCACAUGGGAUGUAAGCCUUACCUGGACAGCCAGAGGGAGUCGUGUGUGUGUCAGUAUGAAGUGAAGAGGGAACUGUGACGCUGCCACAGGAUCAAGACUGUUAAACGGACUGACUCAGAAGCACAGCAACACUGACAGAAGGAAGCCAGCAAUAAACUUUUCUUCUUUCUUUUUUUUUUUUUUUUUUUUUUUAGAUUUUCUCAGGGAUAGAGCUUUUUUGGCCUGCUCUGACCUGUGUACAUCACCUCCCUUUGUUGGAGUUUCGAAAUGUGGCAAUCUAUUUGACAAAGUAAAUAUGAAAAUAUCUUGAUGAUUAAUAUAUUUACUAUGCAGUUAAUAAUUUAUAUUUUGUUAAUACCGUCCAAUGUGUUUUUUCGGUGAUAGACUGGAAGCAUGUUGUUUAGGGUUACCCAGGCUUUUGGAUGCUUGGGUAGCACUUUAUUUUAUGGUUUCAUACAUCAAAAAUAACUCCCUAAGAAGUUUUGUGGUACAACAAAAAACAAACAAAAAAAUGUUGGUUCUUAUGAUUGAUAAAACAGACAGUGUAAAUUAACCUGCUCUCUCAAGAAAGUUCCUCUGGAAACCAGCAACAGCGUUUAAAUUCAGCACAACUACAAUAACUGCAAUAACAGUCUUGGAAUUUCAGAGGGCUGUUUUUAACCUGUUCAUUCGGACCAAACUGAUAUAGUUCUCUUCAGGAAACUGUCAAGAAAUGAUCAGAAAUUAAUGGGCUGUAGGGGCAACCUCGAGCUCACCUGGUAGAGCGUGCACUCCAUUUGACUGAGGUUUCUGCAGCGCCCAAGGUUCAAGUCCGGCCUGUGGCCCUUUGCUGUUUGUCAUUACCUUUCUCUCUUCCACAUUUCCCUAUCUGUCUUGAGCUGCCCUUUCAAUAAUCUUAAAAAAAAGAAAUUAAUGGACUGUAAAAUAAAGCAUUACCACCCAGUCCCCCGUCCCAUAAACCCAAAGGAAAAUUGGAUGCAUAAUAAGAGGGUGUCUGUUUCUAUGGCAUCUAAACCAACUGUCUUUCUCUCUAGAAAAUGCCUAAAAUAUCUGUAAAACUUCGCAACAGAUAAUGCACUCAGCUGAUGCCAAUGUGAUAAGACUGUGAAGAAAACUUCUUUAUAAGUGUCAAAAAAUUAAAGAAACAAUGUUUUACUGAUGAUUAUGUACGUCAGUAGUAGUUGUCAGACUUUGUUUGUAGAAUCUAUGUUUCCAGAGUGGAGUCCAGGGACCACCGAGGAUCUGUGACUUGGCUCCCAUCGAUCCCUCAUCCAACAGAUGACACAUGGCUUUUCCAUAAUUCAUUUUGGAAUAUCUUGGAAUGAGUGUUUAGCUCUCCUAAUCUUUGGCUGUACCAACCCUUCUUUCACUUUUAUUGUUUAUUGUUUUUAAACCACUACACUUGAAUGUUUUUUGAAUCACCAUUGCAGGGGAGGGCCCUGACGAAGAGUGAUUCACAGACCCAUGAAUCGGCUGAGACAGCACCUCACCCAAAACAGGGAAAUUGGGCCCUCCUUUGAAGAGCCAGACCUGGUAUGUGAGCUCAUCAGGAUAAGGGCUGCAGAAUCAGUGAUCACCAAAGCAUAAACCUGGGUGUAGGAGUUCAAGGACACCAUGGAGAAGGACUUUUGGUUGGGCUCAGGGAAGUUCUGGCAAACCAGAAAGCAAGGCUUGGCUCAGGCAAACGUUGGAUGAAAUUCGCUUCGAGAUGCUGCUAGAGAUGUUGUACGGCUGAAAAUAAGGAUUGGUGUCUCAAGGCACAGCCGUGGAAGAAGAGUGUCCCGUUUUGGGACCUCAGAAAUUGCUUCACUGGUCUUUGCAAAUGAUGUACUGUGGCACUGCAGCAUCAGCAGUAAUGCACACGGCGAGAGCUGAACCAGAGGGCAAAGUUGCAUCCCUCACUAAUAGUUAGGAGCUUCGGGUUGUGACUAGGGCGCUUCCUGGGCUCCUUCCUUUGGAUUGUUUUUUUCAAGGUACGUCCAACUGCAAGGAGACUCUGUGGUAGAUCACAAUGUCCCCACAGAUCCUUUAAAAGGCUUAAAAGCCAUUAAAUUCAUUCAUCUAAACAUAAGUGGUAUCAGAAUGUCUAAAAUCAGUCUUUCAAAAGUCUUUAAAAUAAAAAGGCAUUGGAAGUAGUA